AUGUCCGAGGAGGAUCGAUUGUCGCUGGAUGCUUUGCUCCGUGCUUGGAUGUUAUCGAUCCAUAUACUGGAUAAGUUUGCAAUGAGACAGGCCCCUCGAGGAGAUAUGGGUUUUAUCACUACACAACUACCGUACACCGGCCGAGCUGCUACUUUACGAAUCGGCCGUACUUUUGCCGAUUCGCGCUUGAACGCGAAUGCCACACAGAUCGCAGUCCCACAGAUGCCAACCUGGAAGAAGUACGCCCGAAUUGUGCUGCCACAUGUUGGACUCAUCCUGCUCUCGCUGCUCUAUGUCGUCGGUGGAGCAGUGGCUUUCUAUCACAUGGAACGACCCAAUGAGGCACCGGUCAAAGCUAUAGCAAGCAGUCGAUCCGAUGGAAAGCCCAGGUUACUGGUAGAAUCCACUUUACUGAAUAGAGGACGGUAA